AUGACCCUGUCUGGAGGCAGCGACCGAGCCAGCGACAUGUCCGGUCAAACGGUGCUCAUGGAGGACGUGGACAUCGACGUGGUGGGAGAAGGGGACGAAGAGGGCAUGGAGAGGGUGGACAGCGACUGCGACAGCCCGGGCGUGGGCAUCCUGCACGACCUCCGAGCAGAAACGGGUGAUGACGACCUGGAGGAUGAAAUCGAGGUAGAGAAGGAGGAGAUGAGGUCCGGCGGCGGGAGUCCGUGCUGUGAAAGCUCCGGGGAGGGAGAUCCCGGCGCCGGUAAGGGAGAGGGUCACGACCAGAGCGCAGCGUCGGGGGGAGCCAUCCAGAAACCCAAGAACAGCCUGGUAAAACCUCCCUAUUCCUACAUCGCUCUCAUCACCAUGGCGAUCCUACAGAGCCCGCAGAAAAAACUCACCCUCAGCGGCAUCUGCGAGUUCAUCAGCAACCGUUUUCCGUAUUACCGGGAGAAGUUCCCGGCGUGGCAGAACUCCAUCCGCCACAACUUGUCCCUCAACGACUGCUUCGUUAAAAUUCCCCGGGAACCUGGCAACCCCGGAAAGGGCAACUACUGGACCCUUGACCCGGCUUCUGAGGACAUGUUCGAUAACGGCAGCUUUCUCCGGAGGAGGAAACGUUUCAAGAGAGUUCAACCGGACGUGCUUCGGGACCAGACUGCGCUCAUGAUGCAGAGUUUCGGUGCCUACAGCCUCGGAGGCCCCUACGGGAGGCACUACGGCAUCCAUCCAGCUGCGUAUUCCCAUCCAGCGGCUCUGCAGUAUCCCUACAUCCCACCUGUGGGUCCCAUGCUGCCCCCGGGCGUGCCCCUCCUGCCCUCCGCGGAGCUGAACCGAAAAACGUUCAGCUCUCAGCUGAGCCCGAGCCUCCAGCUGCAGCUCAACAGCCUGAGUACGGCGUCCAUGAUCAAAUCGGAGCCUUCAAACAGACCUUCGUUCAGCAUAGAGAACAUCAUCGGAGUCUCCAGCGCCUCCUCCUCCUCACCGGGCGCCGCGCAGGCUUUCCUGCGGCCUCCCGUGACCGUUCAGUCGGCCCUGCUGAGCGCGCAGUCCCUCUCCCUGACGCGCACCUCCGCCGCCAUCGCGCCCAUCCUCAGCGUUCCUUCAAAUAUUAUUUCUGGACACGUUUUACCUUCAGCUGCGGCGGCGGUGUCCAAGUGGCCUUCACAGUGACUCCAGCGCGCCAGAAAAGAAACGCUUAUUUUUCUAUAGAGACGUUAUUACCGGGAGCACAAAUCAAUAGGCAGCACUGGACUGUAAAGCCAUUAAAAACUGUUGAGAAAAAACACAAAGUAAAGGAAGAUUUUUCUGUACAGGUAACAUUUGUAAAUAUUUGUAAAAAGAGAAUGAUUUGACUUUUACCUGUCUCUCUCCCCUUCUGUUUCCUUGUUUGAGAUCUGUAAUAAUUAUUUGUAUUUUAUUCUUUCUGUUUUCUAACCGGAGGCUCAACUUGACGUAGUUUGGCUUCUUUUUCAUACAAGACACGGAAAACUGAAAAUAGACUGUUUAUAUUAAACAAAAACAGAUAUAUGUAAUUCUAUGUAGCUAUAUUGUGUUGUAAACUGAAGUUAUCUGUAAAUAAAUUUAAGAAAUAA